AUGGAGGAGCCCCAGCAUCGACCCUCUCCUAUAGCUAAAACUUGCCAUUCCACCAGCGAGUCAUAUGAAUUGGAGCGCACUUCCUCGAAGAUCCAACAUACACGAGAACAUGUGGAGAGUCUCAAGCAAAGGAUCGACUAUGAACUAGAUAAGCUGAAGAAGUUCCGCGACUAUUUUGUAAAAGUCGGAGAUUCGGAGAGGAGCGUCAAGAAGCCGGUAUCAAAGGUGGUCCAGAGGAAGCACACGACUUGGCGCGAAAACCUGGAAGCCAAUCGGACGCGGAGGAAUCGUCUGGGUGGGAUUCCUGGGGAGAUCAAAAGAGUGGUAGCCGUAAAAUCAUCACCUGAGUCCGGGAACUCUAAAGAGUCUCCUCAUAAGAAAGGUCCUACCCCGCCAGAAAAGUAUACCCCAAAACCCACUCCUAAAGAUAAAGAGUCCGGCGAGAAAAGACCAACUGGCGGAUGGUGUUGGUGUUGCGGCCAGUGCAGUUAUCCCUGCUCCGUGUACCAAGGUAGCUAUGGCUCCCCAUGCAAUGGUGCCUGUGACUGCGACUGCAUCACCAAUGGAUGUUGCAAUUGGAAUCCAGACCAGCAGUAUCCGCUACAAGAUUGCAGGGAAGUGUCACCCCAUCAGGAGUGUCGGUUUGGAAUUCCCUAUCGAGUCUUUCCCAGGCAGACUGCCAACCGAAAAGUUUCCGAUCUGAAUACUGAAGAGUAUUUAAGAAAUGCUAAAGACUGUGCCGCCAUGAUGCCCGAUCGGGCCAAGAAACCCAUUAAGAAAUGCCAAAGGAGUCCUUCCACUGGAAGCAAGCGGACGGAGUCGUCUGGAAGAGCCAAAAGCCCUAUAGGGGUGGCCAUGUUAAAACUAGACAAAAAAUGCACUAAAAUUCAAGAGAAGAAAUUAGAAAAACUUUGUGAAAAGCCAGUGAAAAAAGAGCAAAGGACAAUUAAAAAGGAAGUGAAAAGGGAGCAAAGGACAUUGGAAAAGCCAGUGAAAAAGGAGCCAAAGUGCACCUGGGAGAACGAUAGAAAAAUCAAAGAUGAGAACUACGAGAAUUACAUAAGAAUGUAUGAACAAGAAAACUGCCGAGAUAUACCCCCUGAAUGUGCGGAUAAUAAAGGUCCUUCUCCUUGUAAUAUUAAGGGGAGAACCUAUCCCCAGGUGGAAAAGUGUCCUUUUGAAAAUCAACCUUCCAGUCUCAUGGAUUCUGAUAAAAUUAGGGAAAAGAUUAGGAAGUUGAUCGAUUUGAAGAACUUUCGGGGUCACCAGAGAGCUGAAGAGAAACCCAAUAGUUGUGAGACCUAUAAUGAACCCCGUAACUUGCCCGAUCUUGGAAGAGAAAAUUCAGAAAUUCAGAUAUGUCUUCCCUACUGGUGCACUGAUCAUAUCCCAUGUAAUGCCCAACAAGAGAACAGUUGUGAAAGUUUCGAUGAAGCUCUCAACAGAAAAUGUCUCGAAGAAAUGGCACGCGAGAAGGGUAACCCCAAGAUGGAGUACAAAGAUUUCCCGAGCAAUAUAGAACUGAAACAGGAACUCCAAGAAGUUUUAGUCCCAACCGAAGUGUUCCAGGCCUUGAGAAGUCUAAUAGAACUAUGCGACAAGAACUUAUGA